GGCGCUCCUCACUCGGCGUCGGAAGCUACCAGCGGGACUCAGGCGGGCGUCGGGGGCACGAGCGGACACUGGGCGGCUGCAACGAUGGUGAAAUCCGUAGUGAACCUGACUGAAUUCCAGGAACACCUGGCUAGUGCUGGUAGCAAGCUUGUGGUUGUUGACUUCUCUGCCACCUGGUGUGGACCAUGCAAAAUGAUCAAGCCUUUCUAUCAUAGUCUUUGUGACAAGUACACAGACGUAUUAUUUCUUGAAAUUGACGUGGACGAAGCUCAGGAUGUGGCCACACAGUGUGAUGUGAAGUGCAUGCCGACAUUCCAGUUCUACAAGAAUAAUGAAAAGGUGCACGAAUUUUCUGGUGCAAACAAAGAGAAGCUGGAAGACACUAUUAAGAAGUUCAAGUAACCACGAGGCUUUCCUGUUUGUGAUGUGCUGACUGUUAUAAAUAUAGCCUUUUCUACAAAACAAAGUGAUCAAGUUAGAAUAUGUAUCCAAAUACUUUGUCCCUUCCAUCUGUAAAUGAAAACAAUAAAAAUGUAUGAACAGC